CUUUUCGGAGGUAGGUAAGAAGUAUGGCAAAGAGCCGACGUUUAAAUGUGUGGGACCCACGGUUCACCUUUUAUUACCUGUGUACAUAAAAGGCUUAGACACGGGGCUGGCCUUCUAUAAGCGUCAAUAUUCAUUGGUAUAUGAAGUCGUCUAGAUUCGCCAUCACUUGCCUAACAAGCAACAAGCCACAAAAAGCAAUGCUGAAAUUCUUAGAAUGAUACGUGAAUGUGAAAACACAUUAUUUUAAUUAGCAUUUUUGAUUUGUUUGUUGCUUUUGUCUUUAUCAAAGUCAAAUAACUUUAACAAAAUAUUUUUUUACAAUCGUCUAUCAGAUUAUUACUACUGAAAGUGUUGCUUACUAAAUAUGUUACAACAGAAGAGAUCUUCAAGUCAAAGUGCAUUUUAUUACGACGGCUAAUAUAAACAGGUUAGGAAAAAUUGAAAAAGUACACACAAAGAGAGUCGGGAAAUUUAAUAUAGUUUACCAUGGCGGAUGCAUCUGUAAAGAAUGAGCAACCAACUGAUGAAACAGAUGGCAUUAAUGAGCCAAUGGAUGAGAUCCCAUUAGAAGGUCGUCAAGAUAUGGAAAAUAAUAGAAAACAGGAAAAUUAUGAAUCUAAUAAAGUGAAAAUUGAGCCAUUAGUAGGUGUUACAUUAGACAUUAUCAAAGAACAAUGUAAAAACAGUGAAUCACAAGAUCACAAAAACGAUAAUGAACCAAUGGAAGAAUCUGUAAGUAAUCAAGAUUUGAAUGGUAUCUUUCCAUUCUCAAAUAAUGAAAGUCAAAAAGUUAUAAUGGACUUAAGCAAGCCUAUGGAACAAACUGCUUCUACAUCUGUAGUUUCUGGUGAAAAUAAUAUGUUUGGAGAGAGUGUAACAAGUUGCUCUAAAGAUAAAAAUGUUAAUAAUAAAGAUGUACCAAACGUUUCUGAUAAUGGAUCAAAUGAAGAUUCUAGCAAGAGGCAGAAGUUAAAUGAUGAUCUUCCUAACACUUCUUCUGAAAGUAAUGAAUGUGAAAGUGUUAGUGAUUUCCGUAAGCUAAUGUCCAAAUAUAAAAAUAGAAAUUAUCGCAAUCAAAGUAGUUCUUGUGAUAAUAAUAUUGAAGAGACUAGUGAACCACCUCCAGCAGAUCACGAAUCAUCAAAUUCAAUACCUAGUAUUGGAUCUCCAGUCAAUACUAGGGAAGGACUGGCUGACAGUUCAGAUGAGAGAAGUGAAACUGCAGAAGAACUCUGUGAUUCCAAUGAUACAUCAAUUAGUGAUGAUGAGAUGCCAGCUGUCUUACAAAAAGAACCAUCAAAAACUAACUGGAACUUAUUAAAGGAUGUAGUAAAUAGGCAAAUUGGACUCAAUAAUAAUAUUCCACAGCGUUUUUAUGGCUCACUUCAUGUAGUUCAACGUUUAGAACUUAUGUAUAAGCUUGAAGAACACGUUGGCUGUGUAAAUGCUUUAGGUUUUAAUCAGCAGGGAAAUCUUCUUGCAAGUGCCUCAGAUGAUUUAUUAGUAACAAUUUGGGAUUGGGCUAUUGGAAAGAAACGAGUAGUUCUGCCAAGUGGUCAUCGUAGCAAUGUUUUCCAAUCAAAAUGGUUACCUCUUGACGAAUGUUUUGUAAUAUCUUGUGGUCGAGAUGGACAAGUGCGCUUAAUCGACAUUCGUAAAGGUGUCACGCGGAAAUUAGCUCACCACCGAGCUGCCUGUCAUAAAAUCAGUAAUCAUCUAGACCUACCUCACGUCGUGCUCUCUGCUGGUGAAGAUUCUAAAGUUUUAUGCAUUGAUGUCAGAGAAAACAAACCAUCCAAAUUACUGUCUGUUAAAGACAACGACCAAGAAGUAGAACUUUACAGUAUCCAUUCAAAUCCCUUAAAUAAUUUUGAAUUUUGCGUAGCUGGACGAACUCGGACCGUUAAAAUUUACGAUCGACGAAAGCCUACAGCUCCUCUGUAUGAUUUAUGCCCCAAACACCUGAUAUCUGAUGAACUGGCUCAUGUCACAUGUGCAGUUUACAAUCACAAUGGGACCGAAGUCAUAGCUUCAUAUAAUAGUGAAGAUAUUUAUUUAUUUGAUUCUACAUCAUCAUAUCAAAAAGGAGAUUUUGCUCAUAAGUAUCAAGGACAUCGUAAUAGUGCAACUGUGAAAGGCGUUAAUUUCUUCGGGCCGAAUAGUGAAUAUGUAUUAUCUGGAUCAGACUGUGGAAAUAUAUUUAUUUGGGAUAAAAAGACAGAAGCGAUCGUCCAAUGGAUGGCUGGAGAUGAACAGGGAAUCGUUAACGCUCUGGAACCUCAUCCUCAUAUCCCGGUUCUAGCGACAAGCGGGCUUGACUACGACGUCAAAAUUUGGAUACCAUCCCGAGAAAAAACACCUGACAUAAAAUCGCAAUUACAAUCCUGCGUCAAAAAGAAUUUAGCUACUAGAGCCAAAAAUAUUGGAGAGGCGGAAAGUGCAUUUGCUGGACAUGUUCUGUGGAUUGUAUUGCGACAUGCACGUCAGGCCGGAAUUCGAAGACGCAUUGAUAGGAUGAGAAGGCCUGAUCGGAAUCGAAACGUUUCAGACAGUGAUAGUGAUGUAAUUGUUGUUGGUGAUGAUGAUGAUGAAGACGAUAAUAAUGAUAAUUACGGUGACAACCAUGAUGAUAGUUCUUCCUCUUCGCUAGAUCUUUCUAGUGAUAGUGAUGAUAGUUCUGACAAUUGAAAA